CGGCUGGUCAAACCGAUCCUUAUAAACAGCUGAUGUAUGUUGCAGCAUUUGCCGUAGCUGGAUAUGGUAGAACAGGGAGAACUUUAAAACCUUUCAAUCCUCUUCUUGGAGAAACAUUCGAGUUCGACCGAACCAGUGAUCUAGGCUGGAGAUACAUAUCGGAGCAGGUUUCCCACCAUCCUCCAAUAGCUGCAGUACACUGUGAGGGCCGAGGUUGGACUGUAUGGUUACAGGUGUCCUCUGAUGUUAAAUUCACCGGGAGAACCAUAUCUGUAGAACCUAAAGGAUCAAUCCAUCUCGUCUUUAAAGGAUCGAACCAUCACUACACCUGGGAGAGACUCCACACGGUGAUCCACAACGUUCUGUUCGGCAAACUUUGGAUAGAGAACCACGGAGAAAUGAAUAUUAUUAAUCAUGCCCAGGGCGGUCGAGCAUUUGUAAAAUUCGAGUCCUCGGGUAUGUUUGGUGGAGAAACCAAACAGGUUUACGGAGCCGUACACAACGCCAAACAGGAGAUUGUUUGGAUCUUAAGAGGAGCUUGGGAUUCAUUUCUGGAAUCCGUGUCUCCGCUGACAGCUAUUAAAGUAGAGGGGGCGGUUGAUAUAUUCGGAAAGGAGAUUGCGAACGAGAAUGUAGUGGCUAAACUUCCACGCUGGAAGGAGGUGUGGGACGGGAGACCUGAGGAUGUCAGGACGGAGAUCCAAUAUUGCUUUACUCAGUUCACCAUAGAGCUGAACGAAUCGGAGGACGGGGUGGCUCCGACGGAUUCAAGGAACCGUCCUGAUCAGAGGAUUCAUGAGAACGGAGACUGGAAGAAAGCGGAUCGUUGUAAGUAUGCGCUGGAAGCUGCGCAAAGGGCACGGAAGAAAGAAACCUCGACAGUUUGGUUUCAGAAAACCUGGGACCAGUACGAGAAUGAUUUUGUUUACAAAUCGAAAGGUACAUAUUGGAAAAAGAAACAGGAAAAAAACUGGGAACCAACUCAAAUCUUUGAAUGGAACGAUGGAACCCCUCCAUAGCAACCUUAGGAACGCGUUCCAGCUCAAAGCUACAAAUGGAACAAUGGAACCCCUUCUAAGGAAUCUUAGGAACUAGGAACCAACUGAAAUAUAUGAAUGUAAUAAUGGAACCUCUCCUAAGCAACUCUAGGAACUUGGAACUAAUUUAAGGAUUAAAAUGGAACACCUCCUGAUCAAAAAAAAAUUUUUAAAAUGGAAUAUCAAAUAUUUAUUUAUGCAAUUAUUACUUCGAAAAACAAAAACA